UCAUUUCCUCCCCUGCCUAGACCGGCGAGUACGACCUUGUAUUGCUGUUUUGCCUUUGGGGCUUGAGAGAGUGGCGAGGUUUAGAAACGGCUGUGGUCGACCGCGCCGCUUAUUUCCGCAGAAAUUUCGGGCCCCUUAGUGCUACGUUCACCAGCUCAAAACGGCUCCCGCCUUCCCGAAACUCCGACCCAUUGAAAAGGGCUUGCUCCUCCAUGUGACCCCAGGACAAGGGAAGGGGGAAAAGACGUCAGGCUUUCGGGCGAGCUUUCUUGGCGGAGGUGCGGGGUGGCGGGAAGACCGGUCCGAUGCGGCAGAACCGGCCAGGCCAGGACUCGCUCCCUAGGGAGCGGGAAAGGCGGGAGCGCCCGCGGGCAGGGGUCGCCCGGCCCGGCCGAGACACCCAAGCGGAGCUCGGGGACGCACCAGAGGUCGCGGCGGGGAGCCGGCGGGGGUGGGGCAGGCGGAGGGCGGCGAUCCACCUGGGCGACGUGGCAGCCAUUCCCUGUUCCCCGAGACCCCUCCCCAUUCGGCCGCCCACCCGCCCCCUCGCGGCUGGCUGCUGUGAGGCUGCUCUUCCCCGACCGGACGAAGAGCGGCAGUGUCUCCCCGCCCGGCACUCGCCGCGCGUCUCCCCCCCGCGGCCGUCGCUGCUCGCCAGCCCUGCACCGCGCCGGAGAGCGCAGUGGCGGCGGCGGGAAAGGGCUGCGGACCCACGGCGCCGCGUCGCACACUCGACGACGCGGCCCCGGCCUCGACGCCCUCCGCCCGCUCCUGGAGCAGGUAAAGGCGGCGGGUGGGAGGCAGGGCCGGGGAGAGGGUCCGGGAGGGAAAGGAUCCCGGGGUCCCCGAACCGGAGCGGAGGGCCUGAGGCAGCAGCGGGCGACCGAAACCUCAGUCCCCGAACGUGGGGGGCCGGCUCGGGCCGCCUCCAGUCCGGCCCGCGGGCCCGGCCGCCCGGACGGAAGGGGAGUGAGGCGUCGGCGAGAGGCGGGCCCUGGCGUGCUGCCCGAGGUCGGGCGAAGGCGGGGGCCGCGGCCGCCUCCCCUGCCUCCUAGUCCCUGGCGGGCCUCCAGGCCCUUGACACACCCCUCUCGCCCCCCGGGGGCCUCCCUGUCGAUUCCCGCCGGGACUUGACCUCGCGGGCCUCCGAGCGCCGGAGCUUUUCCCAGGCGGAGCCUUCUUGCAACUUCGGGCCACCCUCCCGAGCACGUAGUCCUUGCAGGGCCGUUUAUUUACUCACUUCUCGAAAUCCAAACACAACCUUUUACAUCGCACGUUUCGAUUUUGGAAACUGCUGGGAGGCAUUCACGGUUCCUGGGGUCUGUGCCCUUUUGAUCCUCGUUCCCCCCCUCCCCCACGGCAACUUUGAUCCUCGCUUUGAGCCCUACUGAGAUCCGGACCCUCUCCGCGAGAGGUCCAUUUGGAAAUCCUUCGAUAGAAUAUUUUACUUAAUGGGAAAGUGAUGCCCUGUAUUAUGGACCUGAGUAUUC